UAUACUGAACACAUGUGGUAUGUGAAUGUCGAAAGUUGUUCAGCAAAAACAGUUAUUUUCCAUUGAGUACCACCAUGUGUUUCUUUGCACAGAAAACCGCAUGCUGUCUCGGGAGCAUCAACCCGGCUCCUGCACAACAGUGGUUGCGAAAUACUCCGCACACAAGAAAACACCACAGGUACAGGUUUCCCCUGAGGGAGCAGAGCAUGUAUCACCUGCUGCACCCACAAUUGAACAGUCAUCACCCACCAGGCCACAGUCUGCAGCAGAGGCCGAAGCAAGCUGGGAGGGUGCUGAUAGCGAGAUGGUGGAAGGUACAAAGCUGUAUUCACCGAUUGGGAACGAGGUGUUCCUGGGUAGCGGCGUGUGGCUGCAGAAGUCAAUCUAUGGACAUUUGAUGCAGCGCCCAAAAGAUGGCAUUUUUGUUCGUGAGGCCAGCGUGCAAGUAUAUUCGACUGCCGGCCUCAUGAACAGAAGUGUCACUGGCGCUGCAUCAAAUAGGACAAAAACGGAGGCCAAGCCACCCUUGGAUGCAAUAAAAUAUGAUGUUCUGAAAGCAUUUUUCAGGCACUACCUUGAGCGCCGAUGCAGCAACGUGCAAGAAAUUGCAACAAGACAAAGUUGCCUUGGCAAAGUAGUCGCCUGCAAGAUCCCAUAUAUUAUGAAAGGCCAUAAGAAACAUAUGUAAUUUUGAUAUGGAGAAUAUAUUGUACAUAUAUAUGCCUCAA